CCCAGCUCAUCCGCUCCCCCCUCUUCAGCCCCGCUGGUGUCAUGUGUGAGCCCCGGUGCAUUGUGGUCUGCCUGUGGCCGAUCCUGGUGUCUCCUGUUGGGGGCGCAGCGGGGCUAAGCUCCAUCUUCUACCCCAAACCAACCAAGCAGCCCGGAGAGAGGCAGCGGAGCAGAGGCGGCGGAUGGGGCAGCUUUUUAUUUCUCUUUUUAAAGGGACAGAGUCGAUUUGCGACGAGCCAAAAAAACGGACUAUUCCUUCGCCGUCGACCUCUCGGGGACUUCAAACGUACGGGAACGAUGCGCGGGACGGCUGUUAUGAGAUAGAAAAUCCGGGGAGAGGGAUCCAAAAGCCUCUCCUCCUCCUCCUCUUCUCCUCUCUCUCCUCCUCUCUCCUCUCCUCCGCUCGCUCGCCGUCUCUCCUGCUCUCCCUCCGAGCUACACUGGCUAUCUACCCCCUUUUCGCUAGCAUUAGCUCCCCCUCUCUCUCCCUGCUCCUGCCUCCUCCGCUUGGCCUCUCCGCUUUGAGACGUUUCACUGGAUACUUUAAAUCAGCCAGCCUCGGCUAAAACACAAAAAAACUUGGCUAUUUUCGUGGUGGGAAGGAGAAUAACAAGGAAUCAUGCAAGUCAUGUCUGCUCUGAUGCGUCGGCCGUGCAUGUGAUGGGGAUUUUGGGUUUGAACCUGUCUGCCUGAGAGAAGAUGAGAAGCGUCCAUCUUUGGAAGGAGCAGCCUUGUAACCUGGCCAGCAGCCUCUUGUGUUGAGUGCGGGCUGCACGGUGGCUCGCACUGUAAUCAUGCAUUUUCUCCUCUGAGGUGCGUUGUGUUUCUCCUAUGUAGCCAAGGAACUGCGUCAAAGCGCUCAUGGCUCUGAACGGUCAGAGACCGACAUGGGAAACCCCAUCUCUAUUUAGUAGCAUCGCGAUGAGACUUGUCAGAGGCGUGGUCCCCCUGUGAGCCCGUCUCGCUCGCCCUGGAAACGCUUCCCCGCAGCCGUCUUCGUUAAAGGAAAGUUGUAGUGCUCUUGUCCUCCCGUUUCCGAGAGACACAAUGACACGUGGUGUUGGGACAGUGAAGAACGUGUGAUCUCUCCAGCGGAGUCGAGCACUAACCCAGAAAAAUGAAUGGCGGAAAGGAGAGUGAAAGAGGGGAGGGGGAGGGGCAGCCUGCACCUGCCCAGGUGCCCAUUGGUUGGCAGCGGAAGGUGGAGUCCACUGGGGUCGUCUAUAUCAGUCCCAGUGGUUCCGUGCUGUCCUGCCUGGAACAGGUAAAGUCCUAUCUACUCACGGAUGGCACCUGUAAGUGUGGCCUGGAGUGUCCGCUCAUCCUCCCCAAGGUGUUUAAUUUCGAUCCUGGGGCCGCUGUCAAGCAGAGGACUGCGGAGGAUGUGAAGGCCGAUGAGGAUGUCACAAAGCUUUGCAUCCACAAGAGAAAGCUCAUUGCUGUAGCCACUCUGCACAAAAGUAUGGAGCUGCCGCACCACUCCCUCACGCUGACCGGUCCAAGCGGAGGCACAACAGGUGCCACCUCUAUGGCCCCUACCAUCCAGCGAUCUGCAACCCCUCGAGCAAUAAGGAAUAAGUCCCAUGAUGGGCUGCCCAAUUCAGUGCUGCCUGACUGCAAGAACCCAUUCAAGAUGAUGAUGGCAGCAGGUCAACGGCACUACUCCACAGAUAUGAGCGGUGCUCAGCAGCCGGAGCAUUAUUCUGGCUAUCCUCGACAGAGAUUGGGCAGCAGUGAGCCAGGGCCCAAGUCCCCCUACCGCAGCGGGCCUGGAGGCAUGCUUAGCCCUUCCUCAGGCUCACAGGUCUAUGGGGAUGGCUCUCUAUCCCCAAGAACUGACCCUUUGGGCAGUCCGGAUGGGUUUGCACGAAGCAAUGCCUGCGGCCUCCAGGGGGCUGGCAGCCCCAGCCAAAUUCAUGGCAACAGCAGGAUACCCCUUUCCCCUCCUGGUAUCAUGAUCCAUGGUUCUCCUGUCACUCAGCUGUCCUGUGCUAUGGCUGGAAGGACUAACACGCCUCUCUCUCCCCCAGUCCCCAACAAAAGCCCAAUCAUGAAAAAGCCACAUUGUAAUGUCAACUACCCACCUAGCAUGGACAUGACCAGAGCAGUAUUUCAUCACAAGGCCCAGGCUGCACCUCAUCCUGUUCCUUCCUCUGCUAUUCCCCCUUCAUGUGCUCUCCAGAAAAAACAGAUGACCUCAGAGAAGGACCCUCUGGGAAUCCUGGACCCUAUCCCGAGCAAACCAGUCAUUCAGAGUCCCAUGACGAACCCAAGCCCAUCCAACUUCCAGCCCAAUGCCCACUCUCAGGUACCAACGAUGAAUGUAAACAUCCCUCCUGCCAUCGUCCCAUUGCCAAGCAACCUUCCCUUACCAACGGUGAAACCUGGGCCGGUUGGCCACGGUGGGCACAUGCAGAGGACUCAGCAUGGAGCAGCCACAUCCAUCUCCCCCUCACCCGUUACAUCCCCCAUUCACAUGUCUGGGCCUGCACUUGGCCGCAUGGAAGCCUCUCCACAGCGAUCCCGCUCCUCUUCCACCUCCUCAGACCACGGGAGCUUUGCCAUGCCCUCAGGGCCCCAGGCCCCUUGUGGCAGCAUGAAGGUUCCACCACGAUCACCCAGAUCCUCCAUGGGUUCACCCAGACCUGCCUUGCCUUCCAGCCCCUCUGCCAAGCCCGACACACUCCACCAGUACAAAGACCCCAACCAGGUACUGAUGGGUAAUGCGAUCAGUAGUCAGCACAAUCCCAUGUUUCCUCCAGCCUCAGGCAGCAGUGCCCCCCAGAAGAACCACCCCGGACUCCUGGGCAUGCCCCUCAACCAGAUCCUCAACCAACACAAUGCUGCCUCUUUCCCUGCCAGCAGUCUCCUUUCAGCAGCAGCCAAAGCACAGCUAGCAAAUCAAAACAAAUUAGGUGGUAGCAGUGGUGGAAUGGGUAUCAGUGGUGCUGGUAUGAGUGUUGGUGCAGGAAUGGGUGCUGGUGCUGGGGGCAUGGGGAGUGGAGGCACAGGCAUUGCCGGUGGUGCUGGUAAUGGUAGUGGAGGCAGUGGGAUGCCUUGCCCAGUUGGUGGUGGAAGUGGCAGUGGUGGUGGUAGUGGUGGUAGCAGGGCUGUUGAAGGGCCCAAUACUUUAAAUUCUAUGCUACCACCAAGUUCCACCAUGCUCAUGCCCAUGACCGAGGGCCAGAGUGGACGUGCAGCCUUGCGGGACAAGCUCAUGGCCCAGCAGCGUGACCCUCUACGGAAGCGCAAGCAACCACCCAACAGCAGCAGUCACGACAACAUGGUAUUCAGUAUGCUGAAACCAGACAUGGCAGGCCCCAGGCCACCAUGCCCUCCCUCAGAGCAGAUGAGGAAAGUGCCCCGGCUUGGAGGUCUACCUCCAAACACAUCCAUGGCCCAGCUGCUCCAGUCAAUGAGCAACCAGAGCUCUCACAUGGUCAGAGGCAGUCGGCCACUACCUGCAGGCCCCGGUCAAAUGCACUUUGGCGAGGGUGCAAUGCCCCCUGGAGUUGCCCAACAAAGCAUGCAGUUACAGCAGCGACUACAGGGCCAAGCAGACUCAAUGCACUGUCCUGGCUUGGAGCCUGGUACUCAAGGUCCUCAUACACAGUUUCCAGGGAUGAUGAACCAGAUGCAAGCCCCAGCUAUGGGGAACUGUGCACCUUUGGGCCAAAGUGGACAGGUUCCCCUCGGACACCCAGCCAUGGGACACCCGAGCACUCAGCAACUGUCUCAUUUACAUCAACAGCACCAAGGCCAUCCUCAUGGGCACAUCCGGCCAAGUAUGUCCUGUUUGGUACCUAAUAGCAGUGAUGGUAGCUGUACUCAAGCCAUGUCUGACACAGGUGACGCUUCAUCACUGAACUGCGGGAUGGGCAAUAUGAUGAGCGGCGCAGGACAAAUGUACCAGCAGCGUCAGCUGCACCCAGCACUACAGGGCGUACAUAGGGUCUCCCCAUACCAGGGCCAGGGGCACCCCUACUCAGAAAAGCCCUUUCCAGAAAAUAACGCCCCCAACUCCAGCAUGACCUGUCUGUACCAAGACUACCAGGGUUGCAUGCCUGACAGCACCCCUGUUUCUCAUACACAGAUGAGUUCUCAGCCUGGCAUGACUUCGCUUCCUACCGAGACGGGAAUGUUCCAGGAUGGUCAGCAGGAGCUCCAGGGUCAGAACGAGGUCACUAUGGCAGGAGCCGCAGGAAGUCAAGGGUCAGAGAGGUUGCCGGGGGGCGGAGGUGCAGAAGCGGUAGAUGCAAUCUAUCGGGCAGUGGUGGACGCUGCAAGCAAAGGCAUGCAAGUGACCAUCACCACGACUGUGAGCAGCAGUACGCAGGCCAGCCCCGUCCCUGCGCUCAGUGCCAUGACCGCCUUCACCGCCUCUAUUGGCGAGCCUCACAGCUUGCCUCAUGCUGUCAACGCAGUCAUCCAUGGUCCCAGGGGGUCUGAGGGUCCGGAGGUGCUGACCAGACCCCCACCGCCUCCAUCGCGAGCCAGCCGAACCCGCAAGAGUUCUGAGCAGGGCAAGAGCACGCCGGAGAGCACGGAAACACACGAGUACUUUCGCUCGCCCUGCCGGCAGUGGGAAGAGCCCGGUCAUGCCCAGUGGAGGGGGGAAGAGUUUCUGGAAUGUUCCACGCAGGUGCGGAGCAGCCCAUGUGGCGAUGGUGGUGAUCGAGCAGGUGCCAUGGCAACAACCCCACAGUCCCGUGACCCACCUGAGCCACAGGGUGACGAUACAGGGAACUUCCGCUACAACCAUUGCACCCGCACGCCGGUCAACUUCAAGGAGCGACUGGAGCAGACAGUGGAGCGCUGUGCCCACGUCAACGGUGGCCUGCCCCCUUCUGGCCGCGGCGGUGGCUAUGGUGAACCGCUGACGGGGGACGACCAGUCACCAGGAUCCUCCACUAGCCUAGAGGGACCGCUACUGAAGGACUAUGCUCACUUCAAUGGGCACUUUAAUGGGCACUGCGCACCGAGCCCCUCUGACACCAAGAGCCUGAGCAGUGAGGAGGAGCUGCGGCACCCGGACUCACCCUCCGCUGACCUGCUGCACUACCGGUCCAGAGGCUUCAACAUGGGGGAGCUCGUUUGGCCCAUCAAAGGCUUCCCUCCCUGGCCCAACAAACUGGUGGGAGAGGAGCACGGGCACAAUCCCAGCAUGCAGCUGUCCGACCAGGCCAAGGUGGAGCCCGAGAAGCUGAAAACACUAACACAGGACCUGGAGGCGCUGGACAGAGCCGCCAAAAGGAACAGAAUAGCUGGGAAGUUGAAUAAUCAUUUAGAAGCUGCUAUCCAGGAAGCCAUGAGUGAGCUGGACAAGAUGUCAGGCACUGUACAUCCGAUGUCCUCAAGAGAGCGAGAACGGCAGGUGAAGCUGCCCAAACCCAAGAGGAGGAAAAUCUCCAGAUAACAGAGAGAGAAACCAGUGACCAGAGCAGUAUCCAGCCUCAGAGCUACUCAAACACACACGCAUCCUCUCUCGUUCUCUCUCUCUCUAUUCAACUCCGACCUGGUGCUAUGCUCUAGCAGACGGCUCGUCAAGGCCCCGCCCUCACAAAAGUGACUGACAGGUGCUGGAUAAGCCAAUCAGAAAUGGUGGCGAUUUGACUACAACUCACUGAAGAACUAUUUUUUUCUAGAAUACAAAGAAAAUAACAAAAAAAGAAGAAAAAAAUACUGCAUUUAAAGAAUAGACAGUCCAAAUAUUUCUGAUACAUUUUCAAUGUGUAUAUAGACAAUACAGAAAUUUCAUGGUGAAAUCUUGGGAAGAAAAUGUAAAUAUUGUACGAUAAUGCCAUGUACAAGCAGACCCAAUGCAUACUUUAUCUUCAGUUGUACAAAAAAAAAAAACAAAAAACAACGACAACAAAUCAAAGCAGAAAACAUCUACCAGUGUGUUGGUUUCUAUUCAGUUCUUGGCCCAUAAGGCCAUGUGUGAAUAGGAUGAAUAAGAAGAGUCAGUCAGAUACUUUUAUGUGCUUCUGUUGGAGUGUGUGUGUGUUUUUGUUUGUGUGUGUGUGUGUGUGUAGCUGCGACGGGUAGGCAUGGAGUUGAAACCCUGACCAAUGUCAUCCACUCACACCAUGGCAGUAAGUGUGCGUGUGAGAGAACAGACGUUUGCAGCUCUGUGUGUGUCGAAGGGUGGACUUCACCAGCCGAAAAGGGUCAUGAAACACUGCAGGUCUGACUUCUCUAGUUCUGGUUUUCGUCCACUGAACACUACAGGUCCACAUGUGGCCGAUCCAUUUCUCAUCUUUUAUCAUAUUCAUAUUCAGUGCUGGAGGAUAGCACAUUUUUAUAGUCUUCUGAUGUUGCUUUAUUUCUAGUGAUUUGUGAGAUUUAUAACGGGCCGCUAAUCUAAUUUGACUGUCCGAGCUCCGGCCACAGAUGUGUUCUUUCGUAGCUACUGCUGCGGUCCAAUUCAAAUGCAAUUCAAACCUAAUGAGAAGUUGCCGCACUCAGUUUAAUUUUUGUGCAAAUCUGGAAAUUCAGAGCAUGUUCAAGGGCCAAUAUCUUGAAAGAAAAUAUAUUUUUCCCCACUUUUUUGAGUUUAAUAUAUAAUAUAAACCCUGUAGAGUUUCACUGUUCAUUGUCCUUUCCAUAUGUAAAGAAUUUUCAAUAUACAGCAUUUAAACCCCAUCCACUAAUGCUAAAUUUUAGCAUAAUGUUUCAGACUAUUUUUGAAUGAGGCACAAAAGAGGACAGCCAAUUAGAACAGAAAUUAUUUUAUAUGCCAGCCCAAAAUUCGAAGGCUUAAGAGAGGUUGGAAAAUGAUCAUGUAAAAUUGAAUAAUGACUCCUUUUAGUGCAUAAAGCCUGGAAAUGUCAUAGGUGGAUGUAAGUGUAAAAAUUAAGUAAAUAAAUAAGUGAAAGAAAUAAAAUACAAGAAAACUGUACGAUAUGGGCCCUUUAAUUCAAACUUAUAUUUUCUGUAUGCAUAUGAAAGGUCUCACUUUAAGGAUAGAUUAGAUGUAGCAUUUUUGCCUCUUAUAGUAAUAUUCCACUGUUUUUUUUUAAUAUUUCUACAUAAUUAUAAAACAUGGGGGUCAUUGCGGGGUUUGAUGUGAGUCAGAAUUGUUUACAGUGCUAGUGAUAGGAACCAGAUGUCUGAAGUGUUUAAUGUACAGAAAGUUAUCACACUAAAUGGUUACAAAUAUGCUGCCUUAUGUCUGGGAAAUUGUUUUGAUAGUUUUGUGAAGGCAAAUAAAAUAUAUUUUUAAUCUGUUAAUGGCAGAGAGGUACAUGCAUGGGAAUAUAUGUCAAAACAGUCCCCAGUGAAAGCUCUUUUUUUUUUUUUUUUUUUUUUUUUAUUCACCACUACAAAUAUUACACACACAAACUGACUUUUGUAGGUUCAUUGGUCAUUUUGAAUAUUACAUAAAAUGGAUAUAUUUGCAUUGUAGACAUCAUGACUCCUGGUUCCUGUCAGCACAUGCUGUAAACAGAUCAGAGUGGGUAAGAUUCCCUACUGUGCGCCCUUUAACAUCAACCUCUGAAUGACGUUUGCAUCUCAGUGACUGAAUUAUGCAGAAAUCAAUGUAAUUCCCCUGUAAUUGAGGCUUCAUUAACACGGUGGUAUUUGUUAUCAUCUCUAGCUGAGAAUCUGUUUACAACUGGUCACUUCAUACAUAUUUAGCAUUAGGAUUAUCUGGAUAGGACCAAGCUCAUAAAAAUUCAAAUAUAAACUCAUCCCGAUCGCUCAAACCACUUCGGGGGGUGGUCUGAGAUGCAUUUGAGCCACAUUAUAGCAGUGUAACAUUUACAUUUAUGCCAAUUGGCUGAUGCUCCUAUCCAGAGCGACUUAUAAUUUGAUCAUUUUACACGGGUAGGCCAAGGUGGUGUUAGGAGUCUUGCCCAAGGACUCUUAUUGGUAUAGUGUAGGGUGUUUGCCCAGGUGGGGAUUGAAUCCCAGUCUACAACGUAGAAGGCAGAGGUGUUAACCACUACAUUAUCCCAACCACCAUAAACACAUCCAAACCACUAUAACUCCCCAUGUAGUACCUCACUGGGCACGUGAUCCACAUCUACGAAGAACUUAAUCAUGCUUUGGGAUCAGACAAAACAAAAUGCUUAUUAGCAGACAAAGAAGCUAACUGGAUAAACAAUUGCUAAUUGGAUGCCGCGUGACAAGCAGAUUUGCAUAUUCCGUCCCCCACAGUAAUUGGAUUUCAGUCGGACUAAUCUGAGAUGUAUUUGAUCAAGUGUAAAUGCGUGUAGCUAAAAUCUGAUCAGGAUGCAAUCCAGAUACUAGAUGCGGAGACCAGAUGUAAACGGGGUCUUGGGUUCAAUUAGCUACCAUACCAUGUGUGCAGCCUUACAUAACGACUCUAAGCUCUGGCCUAACACUACACUGGGACAGCUAUGAAAAAAUGCAUUUGUGCACGGAGCCUGGCUUCAGUUAUUCCAUUGAAUUAUGGAAUAUACGGACUCAGUCCAAGCCCAUGACCCAACCUCCAAAUCCAGUCCGUCUCCGUUCUCAAACAGAAGUGUCUGUCAGCACAUCUUCAUUUCAUUAAGGCACGUUUGACCCAAAACAGACUGACAGCGUCAUCAAGGGAGAGAGAGGGGUUCAAUUUGCAGUUAGGGGCCUUAUAUUUUCUUUUGUUAUAAAUUAUUUAUGUACAGUAUUCUGUAUUUAUUUUAGCUGUUCAAUUGUACUUGGCAAUAAUACAACCCUGGGCGAAUGCUCGGUAAAGCCUUACAUGUGUAUGUAUAAAGCCUAUAUCUUAUAUGUAUCGCUCUUGUUCAAAAGAUACAGCCUUGAUAUUCAGUAUUAUUCAUUUAACAGAUACCUAUAUUUUCUGCCCUGUUUAUUUAAUGUCUGUGGUGUUUUGUGGCACACGGCUUGUUCUUGUAUAACACUGUUACGUCUUUCUGUUGGAGUCAGAGGAGGAAACGGACAAACGGUCUGAUGAAAUACUGAAAUCUUGUACAGGGAGACUCAGGGAGACCUGUCAGCCGUUCAGAUUUCAGUUCUAUAAGGAGAGGGCUAUGAUUUGUGAUUAAAGAGAUAUACAGUUUUGAUUUUGGUUUUUGUUUUUCUGGCUGUUUUUUUUUUUUUCUUUUUUUUCUGUGUGUGGAAUAUCACUGACUGUUGGUCAUAAAUAUAAAUGAGAGAUUAUUAGCCUAAAAAGUUAAAGAGGCCUGUAGGAUUUACAGUUUAACCCCUAAGUUAGCCUUUUUAUCCUGUAGAUUCAAAUCUUAAGCUUAACUAUUGAAAAGAAAGGUGGUGUUGUAAUAGGACAAGUUUGCCAACACUGUAGGGAUGUGCAAGAACGUGCAGACUGACCUGAGAACUGUUAACACUACAGAGAACAGAAAUCUCACUAAACACACUAAUACGUAUUUGUAUUCCUUGUAAAAAAAAGAAAAAAAAGGCUAACUAGGUUAGUUUAUUUACUUUGGCAUAAGAUUAGCCUAGCAAACUAAUGAGAAAUUAGGCAGAUUUAAGGGAAGAGUUCAGUCAGAAACAUGCUAAUGUUGCUAACUGUGAGGGGAAAGUGAUUAGCAGCUAACGUUGUCAUGCUAAUUCAUGUCCACUAGCUUCCUUUCAGCGUUGGCGAUAUUGGUGUGUUUCGUCAAGCUUUCAGUGCGUGAAUACACGUCAUUUUUAAGUUGAUAAUGAUGUGAUCCACGUGUCCUGAAGCCGACAGUAGAAAAUUUAGCGUUUGUUGCUGCUGAUCAGUUGUCAGAGACUUUAAUGCUAGCGUUUUGUUAGCCUCCUCAUUUUAUUGUAUUCUGUUGCUCCCCAUUUUGUUUCUGCCAUUGUUUUAUCUUUCUUUAUAGGAAAUUCACUACUAAAGUAUUGAGUGCAAUAUAACAGAAUAUGGAUCUGAAAAGCAGCCAUGUUGUGUCAUCUGAAUGUCCUUUACGUUGUCCUCAUGCAAAUGUACACGAACGUCAAGCGAGUUGGAACCUCCUCAAUGUCUGUUGACGCAGUCUGUGGCACAGUUCAACGGUCAAUGCCCUGCUUUUUCUUUAGCCUAGUCCACUCUAACUUCUUUUAGACGCUUUGCUAACCGCUCCUGACCCUUAAGUCUGUCCUGCGCAUGUCCCCGGUUUCUGGUGAAGUCCACUCCGCGCUCAGUGCCGUGGCAUGGAGCUCAGAACACACCCUGUUCAACUCCCCUACACUCUGACUCGCAAUGUUUCAAGGUCAAAAACAUUUUUCUUUUGUGUUCAGAUGGUCAGUGUUGUCCAGAACUUUCUGCUUAUGUAUGUUUUGCUCAUAUCUUUUCUUUCAUUUCUGAUUUUCUUGUGGGUUUUUUUUUUCUAUCUUUCUUUCUUUUUUGGGCCUCUUUGCUUGCUCUUUAUCUGAUAGGUAUGACCAAACUUUGCGUCGUCAGUAUCAGAGGGUUUAUUCCCCCCCAACAUGUAACUAAGUAUAUAUUUUCUCACCAAUAUAUACUUUACAGCCGUUGACUUUGUAAAGUAUGUUGUGCACUUGAUUUCAUUUCAGAUAGCUUUGAUGCGGAGGUUAGGAAUAGUUUGUUGAAGUCCAUAAAUUCUUAUUGCUUUUUGUUUGUUUUGUUUGUUUUUGAUUUGUUUGGGUUUUUUUUUUUUUUUUUUUUAGAUUUUUAUGGGUUGUCCUGAACAGCAGUUUUGUAAAUAUUGUGAACAUUACAGGUCAUACUGUGAUGUAACAUUGAAAUAAUGUUGCACCGAUGUUUCAAUUAAAAACUGAUCACUCAUA